AUGGCGAUGCAUAUCCAUGAAUUCUUAGCCAAGAAUAAAGUGGUUCAUCGUGACUUGGCUGCGCGAAAUGUGCUUGUCGCUCCGGAUCGCACCAUUAAAAUAGCCGACUUCGGGCUCAGUCGUGACAUUUACCAGGAAAAUGUAUACAAGAAAACCGGCAAUGGGAAAUUGCCCAUCAAGUGGCUAGCUUUGGAGUCAAUGACUCAUCAGGUUUACACAACGCAGAGUGACGUUUGGUCAUACGGUAUUCUACUCUAUGAAAUUGUAACGCUCGGCGGCACUCCAUACCCUUCGAUACCGACAAAUCGGCUGUUACAUCUACUGAAGACCGGCUACCGCAUGGAGAAGCCAAAGAAUUGCGGACCUGAGUUGUAAGUAUGGUACUGGUACUGCAUAUAAAGGUUUCCUUUUUUUUUGGUAAGCCUCCUCUUGUGGUCUAAAUAGAAGGUAAACGGUGAAUCUCAGAGAAAUUCUUACCCAAUCCAUGUCAUUGGAGGGAAGCUAAUAAAUGUAAUGCACUGGGUAAACGAAUAGCCGUCUUGUAAUGCGUCACUCCAUUGAUACAAAAACAAAAACGCUUACCGUAAAGGCUAAGCUGUUGCUGGGUACCUAAUUACGUAUGUAUGUACGUAGGCUCCUCAGCUUACAGACGGUUAAACUUUGACCUCACGUAUAUUUGAGUGACAGCUACAUACAUACAUGCAUACUACUGCUGUUGGCAGAAUGUUGUUUCCGAAGCACACAUUCAUACG